AUGCAUGUCGGUAUUGUCGGCGCAGGAAUUUCCGGUCUUUACACUGGACUCCUUCUGCAGCGCGAGGGUCACAAAGUGACCAUUUUCGAGGCAGCCAACCGCGUGGGCGGACGCCUCUACACCUACCGCUUCAAACCCCAUGGCGAUUCCAAAGAAGAAGCAUACUUCGAGGCCGGUGCCAUGCGCAUACCUCGUUCCUCCCUGCACUCGCAGGUAUUCGACCUGGUUCGCUACCUCAACACCUACGGUCCCGCCAGCUGCAAGCUUGAGCUCAUCCCGUACAUUCUCGAGCACUGCAGCAACUCGUCCUUCUUCCGCGGCCAAAAGGGCAAGGUCCAGGACGCGCAGUGGGCGGCCAACGCCGGCCUGCCCGCGCCGUACCACGGCAGGACGGCUCAGGAGCUCCUGGGCACCAUUGUGAUUCCGUGGCUGGAGACGCUCCGCAGGGACUUUGACGCUGGCUUCAAGCAGCUGCUCGAGUACGACGAGUACUCGUUCCGGGCAUACCUGCGUCUGGUUGCAGAGUGGCCCCACGAGGUCAUUGAGUUUGUCGAGCUGUUUUGCUCACAGACCAAUCAGUAUGAUUUGUCUUUUACGGAGAUUAUCAUGCAAAAUCUCGAUUUCGACACCACAGAGUGGGCAACCGUACAAGGCGGCAUGUCUCGCAUUGCCGAAUGCGCAGCGGCCAUCCUCGGCAACGACAACAUCAACCUGGAAUCACGAGUGCAUCACAUUGCGUACACGGACAACGGCUGCGUUCAGCUGUCCGCCCGCGGCCCCGAUGCUGGUCAGGACUCCACGGGAGGAGUUUUUGAUGCCGUGGUCCUGGCGACACCGCCCUCAGCGUUGCAUAGCAUCGUGGACAGGCCCACAUGGUCGUUUAUGAAGGAACAGUCCAUCCGCGGAACCCAUUUUGAGCCUCUCUACAAGAUGGGUCUGCAUUUCCGUACCAGAUUCUGGGAGCGAUCGGCGACCACGCCCAUGCUCGGCGGCCAAAGCACGACGGAUCUGCGGUUCCGAUGGAUCGUGUAUCCCUCCAACGACAUUGGCAGCGACGGGUCCGGUGUACUGCUUCUCUACAGCUGGAUGACGGAUGCUAUGAAAUGGGCAGGCCUGUCCCAGGAAGAGCGUAUCCGGCUCUGCUUGCAUGACCUUGGUAAAUUUUACGCAGACGAGCCUGACAUCGACGUCUAUGAGCAGUACAUUGAAGCAUUCGAUGUGCUAUGGAUGAAUGAGUUUUGCGGCGGCGACGCCAUGUUCCUCCCCGGCCAAUUUUCUCGUUUCCACCAAGUUGCAAAGAAGCCGGAGAAGAACAUUUACUUUGCUGGCGAGCACCUUUCAAAACACCACACGUGGAUCGCCGGUGCAGUGGACUCCGCUCUGAAUACUACCGCCGAGAUUCUGGGAAGGUGCUGCGCUCCACCGCAGCAUGUCCUAGGUACCGGCGUAGAGAAGGUGCUUUUCCCUCUCGGCCGAGAAUUGUUGGAGUCGGGGGAUGAGAGCAGCACGCCAAGCACGCCACGCACACCUAGGACGCCCACGACAGAGAAGAGCCAGGUGAAGACAUGCAUCGUUCCGAAGCACAUGAAUGUGCCGUAUGUGGAAGUACUUGAACUGUAG